AUGCAUACUCGUGGGAAUCAUAUGGAGAACCUCAAAAAACCAAACCGACUUGAUACAAUGGACAAAACAAACGCAUCGGAAAACAGCAACAAUGGAGAAUAUGGAAAACUUAAAAACAAAUAUGGCAUUAGGAACACCCUUCAGAAAGCGGGGUCGUCUACUUCUACUGAAAAGGUCCUUGCAUAUACCGGCAAGAACGUAGCUGUAGCUACCAACAAGACCUUACCUGACUACAAGCGAAAGCGAUCAUCUUAUGAAUAUGAUGACCAUCAUAAUAGAAAAUGA